AUGGCUGCUCGGAUCGCUGCUGUUAAGAUUGAGACUGGCGUUGCGCAGUCAGCGCUGAUGGAUUCGGAUAGCCUCUUCGAGCUCUUCAGUGAAUAUGAUGCCGAAAUGGCCCUGAGAGGCGCAGAAUCGGCCGAUCAACACGAAGAAGGCGUCCAUAUUAAGGAAGCCCUGGAGAGCUCAAUGAGUGCUAUAGCACACCUAAUGGAGGCUCGCUCCUGA